GGCUACUCUUGGGCUGCUAGUUAGCGCAGCGGCAGACAUGCCCCAGUGAGUGAGAAGGGAGAGAGACAGACACAGAGUAACCAGCGAGCCUCCCCAACACACACAUACACACACACACAUCCCCCGUCAACAGAUCACUUGCUACAUCGAACACAGACUUCAAACACCGGGGCUGAUGGUGCCGAGCGAAGAGUUGCGUUGGCUCCUGCUUUUGAUGCUGGUGUUGGGAGCCAGGGGUCAGUCUGUCGAUGUUGUCCCCGAAGAGGAGGUCACCUUCGAUCUGUUCACCAUCAGCAAUGUGAAUCGACACACGGUUGGAGUGAAGCUCUUUCGAGGUCCCGACCGCAACACCCCGGCUUUCAGGUUCAGCAGAUUCGACCAGAUCCCAGCAGCUUCCAGCGAGAAGCUCCAGGAGAUCGUGAGGCUCAUGCAGUACCACGAGGGCUUCAUCUUGGUGGCCAGCCUAAGGCAAGACAGGAAGAGCCAGGGGACGUUACUGUCCAUCGAGGGCCCGGGUUACAAACGCCAGCUGGAGAUCAUCUCCAAUGGACUCGCUAACACCCUGGAUUUCCAGUACUCCGUGGAGAAGUCCCAGAAUCUGGUCUCCUUCCAGGAUGUGGACAUCGCUGAUUCCCAGUGGAAGAACAUCACCAUCCACGUGAACGGAGAGAACGCGUACCUCUAUGUGGGCUGUGAGCUUGCUGAUAGCUUCAUCCUCGAUGACCCUUUCUACGAACAACUGACCUCAACCAACAGCCGGCUAUACGUGGCCAAAGGACUCACUCCAGGCAAGAACUUCAAGGGUUUCCUUCAGAACGUCCAGUUUAUUUUUGGAUCUUCCCUGGCGGAUGUUCUCCAGAGUAAAGGCUGCCUUCAGCCAGCUGAAGCCACGAGCAGCCACGAGAGCCAAGAGUUUGCAGGUGUCAGCCCGGCCAUCAAGAAUGACUUAAUUGGCCACAAAACCAACAAAGUGGUGGAUUUCUGUGACCACUCCUGCUCCGAUAUCGGGAACAUGUUUAAGGAACUUCAUGGACUAAGGGUGCUUGUCAGCAACCUGGCUGAUGGGCUAGUUAAAGUGACGGAAGAAAACGUGAUAAUCCGUGACAUCCUGGAGGAGUCGCUGAGGAAGGUGCGUCCAGGGCAAUGUUGGCACAGCGGACGACUCUUCGACGACAAGGAGGAGUGGACCGUGGACAGCUGCACCAAGUGCACCUGCCAGGAUUUCAGUAUCAUCUGCCGCCGGAUUACCUGCCCACCUGUGUCGUGUGCCAGUCCCUCCUUCAUUGAGGGCGAGUGCUGCCCCUCCUGUCUCCCUAAAGACAGCGAAGACGGUUGGUCGCCGUGGUCGGAAUGGACAGAAUGCUCUGUAUCCUGUGGCACCGGGACGCAGCAGCGGGGAAGGUCGUGUGACCCCACCAGCAGCCUGUGCGAAGGCCCAUCGAUCCAGACAAAGUCCUGCCAGCCGGCGGAGUGCGACAAACGGAUUCGACAGGAUGGAGGCUGGAGCCACUGGUCACCGUGGUCUCCCUGCUCGGUCACCUGUGGAGACGGCAUCACCACCCGCAUCCGCCUCUGCAACUCGCCCGUGCCGCAGCUGGGUGGCCAGGACUGCCAGGGGAACGGUCGGGAGACGAAGCAGUGCAUGAAGGCCCCGUGCCCCAUUGACGGCAGCUGGAGCCCCUGGUCCCCCUGGUCAACCUGCACGGCCACAUGCGGCGGUGGACUCCAUGAACGCAAGCGGAACUGCAACAACCCCGUGCCCAAGUACGGUGGCAAGAAGUGCCUGGGAGACACCAAGGACAGUAAGCUAUGUAACAAGGAGCCCUGUCCCAUAGAUGGGUGUCUAUCCAAUCCCUGCUUCGCUGGGGUGGAGUGCAGCAGCUCCCCUGAUGGCUCCUGGGAAUGUGGCCCAUGUCCCGCUGGUUACCGGGGCAACGGCACCUUCUGCGUGGACAUCAAUGAGUGCGAGGAGGUCCCUGACGUCUGCUACCAAGUGCACGGCGUCCCGCGGUGUGUGAACACUGAGCCAGGGUUCCACUGCUUGCCCUGCCCUCCACGCUACAGAGGCAACCAACCCUUUGGUCUUGGAAUUGAAGCAGCCCAGACAGAUAAGCAAGUCUGUGAGCCCCACAAUCCCUGUAAGGACGGUUCUCACAACUGCCACAAGUUCGCCAGGUGCAUCUACCUGGGCAUUUUCAGCGAACCCAUGUACAAGUGCGACUGUCGGAUCGGAUAUGCCGGGGAUGGCAUCAUCUGCGGAGAGGAUUCCGACCUGGAUGGCUGGCCCAAUGAGCAUCUGGCCUGCACGGCCAAUGCCACCUACCACUGUAAGAAGGAUAACUGCCCUCACUUGCCCAAUUCUGGACAAGAGGAUUUCGACCAGGACGGAGAGGGAGACGCCUGUGAUAAGGACGAUGAUAAUGAUGGGAGAAACGACGAGCUAGACAAUUGCCCCCUGCUCUAUAAUCCCCGGCAGUCUGACUAUGACAAGGACGACGUGGGUGACCGGUGCGACAACUGCCCGUACGACCACAACCCGACACAGAUCGACACGGACGGGGACGGCGAAGGAGACGCCUGCUCCGUUGACAUCGACGGGGAUGGCAUCCUGAAUGAGGGUGACAACUGUCCCUAUGUUUAUAAUAUUGACCAGAGGGACACCGACAAGGAUGGUGUUGGAGACAUGUGUGACAACUGUCCACUUAUGCAUAACCCUGACCAGGAGGACUCCGACUCGGACCUGGUGGGUGAUCAGUGCGACGACAAUCAAGACAUUGACGAGGACGGCCACCAGAACAAUCUGGACAACUGCCCAUACAUCGCCAACUCCAACCAGGCCGACCACGACAAGGACGGGAGGGGAGACGCCUGUGACUCCGAUGACGACAAUGACGGGGUCCCUGACGAGAGGGACAACUGCCGCCUCGUCCCCAACCCUGACCAGAUCGAUGCCGAUGGUGAUGGGAGAGGGGACGCUUGCAAGGACGACUUUGACAACGACAGCAUCCCUGAUAUCUACGACGUGUGCCCUGAGAACAACGCUAUCAGCGAGACUGACCUGAGGAAGUUCCAGAUGGUCCACUUGGAUCCAAAGGGGACGACGCAGAUCGAUCCCAACUGGGUGGUGCGCAACCAGGGCAGGGAGCUGCUGCAGACUGCCAACUCUGACCCCGGCCUGGCUGUCGGCUUCGAUGAGUUCAACGCUAUCGACUUCAGCGGCACCUUCUACAUCAACACAGACCGCGACGAUGACUACGCUGGCUUUGUCUUUGGCUACCAGUCCAGCAGCCGGUUCUACGUGGUAAUGUGGAAGCAGGUCACCCAAACCUACUGGGAGGAGAAGCCGUCCAAAGCCCACGGAUACGCCGGUGUCUCCCUCAAGGUGGUGAACUCCACCACAGGUCGGGGAGAGCACCUGCGUAACGCGCUCUGGCAUACCGGCAACACCCCUGGACAGGUACGAACUCUAUGGCAUGACCCCAAGAAUAUUGGCUGGAAGGAUUACACCGCCUACAGGUGGCACCUGAUCCAUCGGCCCAAAACAGGCUUCAUCAGGGUGGUUGUCUAUGAAGGUAAACAAAUAAUGUCUGAUUCUGGUCCCAUCUAUGAUAAGACGUUAGCCGGUGGACGACUAGGGCUGUUUGUCUUCUCCCAAGAGGCCGUUUACUUCUCUGAUCUCAAAUAUGAGUGUCGAGAUAACUGAGUACUGCCUGCAGCACAGAUCAUGGAACCUUGAACAUGCUGCGCAGCCUCGUCACCUCAAUCAGACUGGCCGCCUCGACUCCCGCCCACUCUUUCCUCGCUCUCUCUCCCUGAGUGUAACCUCUGACGCCCCUCGCCUUCACCCCGCUGCCCCUACGGUUGACUGUGGUGACCCACCCUCGCUCUGUGCGCACUGGCUCUCUGGAUGGCCCGGCCCAAACGCAGCAACCGAGACCGCAGCAGCUGGAAGCUGACUGUUUCUCAACGUCUUGCACAGUGACUAUACCUAGAUAGAGGGAUUAGUGCUCAUUUAACAAACUUAUACCGCUAAGAUACGAGUCUGCCCCGACUGUUUUCUAAUGUCAUGGAAACUGAACAGCGGACUGUUUCUUGUUUAAAGAAAAGAACCUGAUUUAACAAUGUUUAAGAUGACAUUUUCUGGGAAACAAGAAUGAAUUACAAAAAAAAAGUUUUAAAACCACUUUGUUUAUAACUUUUUCUAUCACAUUUCACUGUCUGUACAUAGAAGCUUUCAGGUAUUAGCAUUACAACUAUUGCAAGUGACAGUAUCCAGCAGGCACUCUCUCUUUACCAUUUAAUCCUUCGUCUGAUGUGCUCGUUGCUUCCUCAGCUGGUCAGCACCAACUGAGUAAAAGUUACAGCUGGUAUUAAGGGGAUAGGGGCAAAGCAAAUAACACCAAUAAUGUAUCUGCUUAAUAUGAACAUAUAUGCAGAGAGAGAGAUAUAUUCUACAUAUAGCAUGUCGUUUUUGAGAAUCACUUUGUUCUGGAUAUUAUGCACAUUGCGGGCUCUUUCAGUGUUAAGCAACAUCUAUCAAGAAACUUUCAGACAUAAGAAGCAACUGACCCUCACCCUACCUUUGCUGUCACCUUCCCCCCUCCCCUCUCCUGAUUCGUUCCUUUCCCCACCACCUAAUUCUGGAUGAAGACAAUCCCAGCAGACCUAUAGGUCGACUUCAAGGGCGAAUGUCUUUCGAGGAUAAAAGAAAUGACACUUGCAGUUGGGGGGGAGGGGAAAAGAUGUGAAUAUUUAGAUUGUAUCAUAUUUUCCUAUUUAAUUUAUUUAUGGUUUUGCCUCUUUCUUUCUCUCUGCCUCUCUGUCUGUCUGUCUGUCUCUCUCUCUCUCUCUCUCUCUCCCUCUCUAUCUCUCACACAUUCUUUGCAAAAAAUGUUUGUGGGGAGCAGUGAAUUUUGCCAAAAACUGUAAAUAAUUUAUUUAUUUGUUUACACUGAAGUAAUAUCGAAAUUUGAAAGCGAAACUUGGCCGACAAACCCUAGUCUUUAUUUUUUGAUUAAUGUUAGGCAAAUAAACUAUCAAAAAGGCUCAAACAGUGUUCUGUGAGUUAAACGGAUCUGUGUUCAUACACCAUCUUCAUUAGUUAAAUAAACUUGCGGAAUUUCGUUUGCUUUAGGCUGUAAAUAGCAGUGGUGUAGUGUAAAGUAGGCCUCUAUUGGUUGGCUUUGUGAUCCUUUAAUGGAAAUUCUCAGGCCACAUCUAGCAGUUAACUGACAUCCCUAUUAAUCUGCUCAAGAAGUUGACACUAGAGUUUUGGCUUCUCUGGUUCAAUAUCUGAACAAACAUUUUUCCAAACCUCGGAGCAGCUGUCCGUUCCCUUGACUGGACACGCUAGCCAGUAACUUAACAGCAGAAUGCUGGUAGAACUCAGCAGGACAAUCAACAUCUGCAGAGACAAAGGGUAGAAGUCAAUGAUUUGGGUCGAGACCCAGCAUCAAGACUCAAGAUGGAGGAUCUCAACCUGAAGUGUCGACUUACGCCUUUUGCUUCUGCAGACGCUGAUUGACCUGCUAAAUUCUUCUAGCAUUCUGUGCUUUCAUUCCAGAUUCCAGCAUCUGCAGUAUCUUCUGUCUUCAGCCAGUAGCUAAUAUGGGCUCCGUUAGACCAAAUCACUUGUCCUGUUAGACUGCAAGCUGGAGGCCUUGGUUUGGACGACAUUCCCCCUCCAACAACCCGCCGUCCCAUCAACCCCUGUCAUUGACUGCCAAUUCUCACGUUUUUCAUUGGCCCUCUAAUGGUCUUCUGCUAUCUCAGACAUUUCACAGUGAGCGAACAGGGUUCGAGCAGCAGGAUAUUGGUUUUGCUAGAUUUGACCUUAUUGUACCAGUGCAUGACUUCACAUUGUAUUGUUUCAGGAUAAUUUGUUUCCUUUCAUCAGGUUUUAAAGCUUGUCAUGUUUGGUUUCUCUUUGGUAUAUAUAUCGCGCACACAAGGUUAUUAACUGUAUACAGCCAAAGGGUGCAGAUUGUUAAUGAAGCACAUAAUAAAGAAUUCUUGUAUCGGA